AUGGAUCGGACAAUAGCGCGUGCGGUAACGGAAAAGAAGCCGGUCCCGGAGAUCGACUUCACAUUACAUACCAUGGAAGAUGGCACUCAGGUGUCCACACUGGAGCGAGUAGUUAAAGAGGUGCAAGCGCCGGCGUUGACCACCCCGACGGAUGAACAGUUCUGGUCUCCAGAGGACCCCUCCAAGCCCAACCUCCAGUUUCUCAAACAGCACUUCUACCGGGAAGGCCGCCUCACAGAGGACCAGGCGCUAUGGAUUAUACAGGCAGGGACACAGAUCUUGAGAUCGGAACCCAAUUUACUAGAGAUGGAUGCACCCAUCACCGUGUGUGGCGACGUUCACGGCCAAUAUUAUGAUUUGAUGAAACUCUUCGAAGUCGGUGGCGAUCCCUCCGAGACGCGAUAUCUGUUUUUGGGAGACUAUGUGGAUCGGGGAUAUUUCAGCAUUGAGUGCGUUCUUUACCUCUGGGCUCUGAAGAUCUGGUACCCCAAUACACUCUGGUUGCUUCGAGGCAAUCAUGAGUGCAGGCAUUUGACCGACUACUUCACCUUCAAGCUAGAAUGUAAACACAAGUACAGCGACCGGAUCUACGAAGCCUGCAUUGACUCGUUUUGCUCAUUGCCACUCGCGGCGGUCAUGAACAAGCAAUUUCUCUGUAUUCACGGAGGACUGAGCCCCGAGUUGCACACCCUGGAGGAUAUCAAGGCGAUUGACCGUUUCAGAGAGCCCCCGACUCAUGGCCUGAUGUGUGACAUCCUGUGGGCCGACCCCCUCGAGGAAUUCGGACAAGAAAAGACCGGCGAUUACUUUGUCCAUAAUAGCGUUCGGGGAUGCUCAUAUUUCUUCUCUUAUCCUGCCGCCUGCGCUUUCCUGGAAAAGAAUAACCUGCUUUCCAUCAUCCGAGCCCACGAGGCGCAGGAUGCGGGAUACCGCAUGUACCGGAAGACAAGAACGACCGGAUUCCCUAGUGUAAUGACCAUAUUCAGUGCUCCGAACUACCUGGAUGUAUACAACAACAAAGCCGCCGUCCUGAAAUACGAGAAUAAUGUGAUGAACAUCCGCCAAUUCAACUGCACUCCUCAUCCGUACUGGCUGCCGAAUUUUAUGGACGUGUUCACUUGGUCACUUCCGUUCGUUGGUGAGAAGAUCACCGACAUGCUCAUUGCCAUUCUCAACACCUGCUCCAAGGAGGAACUCGAAGACGACACCCCCACAUCUGCCACCGGCCCCUCUUCCCCUCCUCUUCCGAUGGAUACAGAGAGCAGCGAAUUCAAGCGACGUGCAAUCAAGAACAAGAUACUUGCCAUCGGCCGUAUAUCUCGUGUCUUCCAAGUGUUGCGUGAGGAAUCGGAGAGAGUCACAGAACUCAAGACCGCUGCUGGGGGCCGUCUUCCAGCGGGUACUCUGAUGCUUGGAGCCGAGGGCAUCAAGCAAGCCAUCACUAAUUUCGAAGACGCCCGCAAGGUUGACUUGCAGAACGAACAUCUACCUCCCAGCUCGGAAGAGGUUUAUCGGCGGAGUGAGGAAGAAAGGAAUGCGGCGUUUGAGCGUGCUCAGCGCGAGGCUGAAAAUGACACUGGGUUGGCUACUGUGGCUAGACGUAUUAGCAUGUCGGCCGGUUCGGGCAGAAGUCGCCGAUAUCGAGAUGCUGCCAGGGAGGUUCGAGAAGCAUAA